CUCUCCGGUUGGGAGCGCACCGGGGCUUCGCAUCUGUAUUGUAGCGUCGGUCGGUCCCCGCCUACAGGACUGCCCGCUCCCUCCUCCCAGCCACAGCAGUCCGCGCACUCGCUAGUGGGCUUUUCACGGCGGAGACCUGUCGUCCUCUCCACUCCGUUUCAAUUUGUCAAAUCUCGCCUCUGUUUUCUUUUCAAUGGCCGUCCGUGGCGUGAUUCGCAUUCAGCAGCGCAAUAGUUAAUGAGUGCCGGAUGCGCCCUCACUCCAGCAGACCGCUACAGUACGAAGAUGGCGUCGGAGGGAGCCAGCGGAGAGCAGCCUCCUCCGGUACAAACACUGGCGACCGCCGUGCUGGGAAGUGUCGACACGAAAUGUGAGUUCAACAUGGAUAAUUUGAGCAAGCCGGAGCUGCUCACCCUGCUGAGUAUCAUGGAGGGAGAGCUGGAGGCCCGAGACCUGGUCAUAGAGGCCUUGAGGGCUCAGAGGAAGGACGUGUUUCUCCAAGAGCGCUACGGCCACUACAGCCUGACCGACCCUUUUCUGGCACUUCAGAGGGAUUUUGAGUGCAGAGUCCCUGGAGGGGACAAGGAACGGCGGCCCCUGGGCUCCAGCCCCAUCUCUGUCCUGGAGGCCGUCAUGGCGCACUGUAGGAAGAUGCAGGAACGCAUGUCAGCCCAGCUGGCUGCCGCCGAGAGCCGCCAGAAGAGGCUGGAGAUGGAGAAGCUGCAGCUCCAGAGUCUGGAGCAGGAACACCGCAAGCUGACAGCACAGUUAAAGGAUGAGCGCGAGAAGAACAAGCACAUUGUCAUGAUGUUGGUGCGCGAGUGCAAGCAGCUUGCCACACGGGUGGUAGAGGAGUCCCAGCGUUUUGACGAGCUCCAGGCUCGCCUGGAUGAGGAGAGUCGCACCUCUGGCCGGCUGCAGGAGCAGCUGAGCACCGAGCGCCAGCACGGCCAACAGAUGGAGGCCAAGAUGGAAAAGCAGCUGUCGGAGUUUGACACAGAGCGUGAACAGCUGCGUGCCAGACUGGGCCGCGAGGAGACCGAGAGUCACACUCUGCGGCAGCAGGUGGAGCAGCUCAGGACUGAACGGGGCGAUGGGAAGGAUGGUGCUGCAGUUGCUCUGCCUGCUGCUACUGGAGCAGAACCUGUUGCUGCCACCAGUGCACCACCCAAACCUAAAGCUCUGACGUCUGUUUCUGUAGCUACAGAGCCCAUCAGCUCUCGAACAGCUUCUUGCCAAACGGACCUGCCCCCCACUGAGAUGGAGGGUCCCAAGAAGACCCCCCUUACUAUACCUGUCAAACCAACCCCUGCCAACUAUGUGGGCUUGAGCCUGCCAAAGACAGCUGGCCGGGGAAUCGUCCACAGCAGCUCAGGAGGACUGGCACAGACAGAAAAUGGCUCAGAAGGCCAAGCUCCCCAUGGCUUACCCAGCGGGGUCAGUCCACGUGUCCAGGCGGCCCGCUACAAGUUCCAGGAACAGGACCAAAAUGGCACGGCAUCCCAGAGUCCUCCAGCUCGUGACCUCUCCCCUACCAACCGUGACAACUUUGCUGCCAAGCAGCAAGCCCGUCACACCGUCACACAGGUCCUCUCACGCUUCACCAGCCCUCCUGCUGGAGGUGCUGGACCCCUGCGUCCAGGCCUGCCCCACUCUGCCUCAGAGGGAGGCCCUUUUCCUGGCCGUCUGAGCCAUCCCAUUGGCAUCAAGUCGCCUACGGUGACCAGGAUCGACCGGGGAAACCCUCCCCCUAUACCUCCCAAAAAGCCAGGUCUUUCCCAGACCCCCUCUCCUCCUCAUCCACCCAUCAAGGUGGUGGGGGACAGCAGCCGCUCCCCUGGGGCUGGGCUCAAACCAGCCACACCCCAGCUGCCGCCCAAACCCGCCCUGGACCUGGUCCCAGCCCUGACGCCCUCUCAGGUGGGUGCCUGCCCCUCCUCUCGCUCCCCAGGGCCUGGCCGGGGCCCUCAGCGGCAACCAGCAGCAGCAUGUGCAGAGUGUCCCCCAGUCAUCAGACCUGCCACCACUGUCAGUAGCCCCUCCUCCAUAAACCCCCCCUCCACCUCCUCCGUUAGUGCUCCAUCCUCCUGUAGUCCCUGUGCCUCAGCAGGCAGCCUGCUGGCAACAGCAUCAGGCUGGUGUCCCUCCGUAGCCUCCUCUCUAAGCGGCAGUGGGCCUGCUGCCCUGGACGGCGGGCACCCCCUGCUCCUCCAAGCUGCUUCCCAGGGAAAUGUCACUUUAUUGUCAAUGCUGCUUAACCAACCAGACCCGACCACCAUUACUACCACCACCACCACCACAUCCACCAACACAACCUCUACCACCAACAUCACCUCUACCAUCGCCAUGGAGAACAAGCUCGAUCAUCUUGACCAAGACGUCCACCUCAACUUCAACCAAACCUCUGCCUUGUUUGCUGCUGCUCAGAACGGACACACAGAUUGUGUGAAGCUGCUGCUGUCUUCGGGAUCGCCUGCUGAUGUUUCAGAUGAAAAUGGAUUCACACCUUUACACUUUGCUGCUGCUCACAGCCACAGCAGCUGUGUGGAGGAGCUGCUGACUGCAGGAGCUGUUGUGAACUCGGUGGCGGCGGGGGGGCAGACCUCCCUCUUCCUGGCCUGCGAGGCAGGAAGGAUGGACUGUGCCCAGGUCCUGCUGAGCGCUGGAGCCGAUCGCUCGCUCAUCACGACGGACGGCUGCACAGCCCUACAUGCAGCCGUGCGAUCAGGACACGUGGACACGCUACGUCUCCUCCUCUGCCACCCAAUUCAGGGUGAUUCCACUGUGACCCCUGACCCCCUCGCCACCCUGACACUGCCUGCUGCCCUGCUGAAUCAGGCCAACAGUGACGGCUGGACGGCUGCACACAUGGCUGCUGCCCUGGGCCUCAAGGACUGUCUCGAGGUGUUGUGCAGCCACAGGGAGCAGGACAUCGAGAGGAGGGAUAAAUGUAAUCGCACUAUUCAUGACGUGGCAACUGACGACUGCAAAGAUCUACUUGAAAACCUCCAUUUGUACCGGGUUCUGGUGCAUCUCCACUGUUCAGGUGGGGGAGAAACAGGGUCCCUGUGUCCCAUGGAGGUCCUGGAGGAGGCAAAGGGGGUGUCCAGCUGCCAGGUGGUGCUGGGCAGAGUGUCGGUCGACCGGUCGAUGCGUUGGGCCCAGCUGAGUGCUGUCCUCAGCCACGCUUUCACCUCCCACCUCCAGAUCCUCUGUGGAGAAUCUCUGAUGGUCAGAGAGGAGGCGCGGCGCCCCCCACUAGGCCUUGGUCCCACCAGUAUCGCCUCCAUCCUAAUCGGAGAAACUGAAUGGUUGCCAUCCCAAGAGCUGCCUUUAUCCCCCUGGGACCUGAUCAGAAAGCCUCUCAGCCAGUGCAUCACCAUCCGCCUUAAAGGUCUGUCUGAGUCGUGUCUCGAUGAGUUGGCGUUGGAAUCUCUCUUCCCCCUGCCGUUGCUGCACAACUGUGUCCGCCUGGUGGAACAGUAUGGCAACCUCAUCUUUCACGGGCUGGAGGGAGGCUGUCAGGAAUACAUCGCCAGUCUAGUUGCUCGUUGCAUCAAGUCCAAACAGGAGGCGGGGGGGCUCGACUGUGACGUAGUGAGGGUGGAGGUGGACGACAGCCUGACCAAAGAGCAGCUGCUGGACACUUUCAUCACCUGUGGUUUCUUGGUGCCAGCACCGGGGUCAGGGGUCGGGCUACCAGCUGGUCCCACCGGCCGCUGUGUGGUCGUCCUGCUGGAGGGACUGGAGAAGGCUUCAUCUCUAACAGGCCUGCUGGGAGACCUCUGCCACAGUUUGGACAACAGGGGCUCUGCUUCACCACUGGUCCUGAACACUGGUCCUCACCACUUUCGCGAGGGUAACUUCCUGAUUGCAACGUUGUCGAAGCCCCGCCUGCAGGGAUCAGAGCUCCGCCUCCAGCAGCAUUUCCGCUGGGUGACGUUCCGCUGGGACCAGGAGCCGCUGCACGGCCUGCUGGGAAGACACCUCCGCAGGAAGCUGCUUCAUAAGAUGGGGACUGGAGUUUGGUCACCUGAUGGCGUCAUGGAGCGCUCAGUGCUGUGGGUGAGUCAGGUCUGGCAGCAGCUCAAUGCCUGUCUGUCCCGUCUGGGGACCCAUGAGGCCUUGCUGGGCCCACAGCUCUUCCUGUCCUGCCCUGUGGUCCCAAACAACACACAGACCAUCAUCAGGUGGCUGGCACGUCUCUGGAACGCUGUGGUCGUCCCCCGAGUGGAAGAAGCCAUCAUCUCCCGGGUAACAGCCAAGCGCUCCUCCACCUCUCCCUCUUCACCCCCUUCGCUGCAGCGACUGUCUCCUAGCAACUGUGGGCUCAGUGCCGGACAGCAGGCUGUGGUGAAAGCCGCCCUCAGCAUCCUGGUCAACAAGGCUGUUCUCCUGGGCUGCCCCCUGCCUCGACACGAAAUCGACAGACACCUGCUGGAGUUCCGUGGCGGCACUUUCCCUCUAUCAGCCAUCAGCUCUUAUAGGGCGAGUGGUGGCGGAGGAGGUCGGAGGGGGCGAGACAGCGGCAAGUUGAGACGAUCCAACACCAGCCCCCGAAAGAAGGGAAGCCCCUCCUUAAACUGGAGCUGUGGCAAUUCCUUCAGAGAGGGUUCGCUGUCUAGCACUGAUGUCAGCUUCAUCACCAACGGCAAAGUCCAGAGGGAGCCUACUGGUCUGUCUGUUUUCUCUGACGAUGAGACAGAUUUGAUCAGAGAACUGCAGACCAUGUGCUCGAGCAAGUCAGAGCCAGACAUCAGCAAGAUUUCUCAGGCCAAAGAUGACUUGAUUCUGUUCUCCAGCUCUCUAAGUGAAGCGCUGCCUCCUCAAAAGGCCGAGCAGGAAAGCACAGUCCAGCAGCGACCACAGAUGACCGCCGUCAGUCAGUCCAGCCGCAGCUCCAACCAAGCGGCCGUUCAGAGCAGCGAUCGACGUUCCGGCCCUCGCGCCAAAUCCCAGCUCCCGGUCCCCAGCAGUAGAGGGCAGCAGACACGAGCUUCCCCCGCCGCCACCAGCAGCAACAAGAACAGCAGCAGCCCCAGCCCCAUCCAGACGCCCCCCAACCGCAGCAGAAACACCAACAGCAGCAGCAGCAGCAGCAGCAGCAGAACAAAGCAGGCUCCAUCCAGCAGCAGCAACAACAACUACCGCAACAUCGACAACAACCAAUCACUCGAGGACAUCUGGAUCCUCCACAGAGACCUGCAUGAAAACAACAACAACAACUAGUAGACAUGUUUUGCCCUUUUCCUCCUUCCCAUGAUUCCGCUGUGAACCUCCCUCCAUGAUGUAAAGACUAGGUACCAGACGACCUUUGACUCUUAGUAUUUGUACUUGUUAUCCGUACUCGUUACACUGUACUGCAGUUGUGUACUUGGGGACCAUAGUUUUAUUCUAUUACAGUAUUUGAAUUAUGUGAUUGCUCGGGCGUAAAAAGAGGGUUAUGUGGGGAAAAGCAACAGAAGGUAAUGCAGCAGGUUAUUCUACUGUUGCCUUAAUUCCAGUGUAUCGACCUGCAUAUUAUGGGAUAGUAUUCAUUGGACAAGAUGCAAUGUAAGAAUUUACUGAAAUAAGAGUUGACAUAUAAAGUAUUUAACUGGUGGAAGCUGCCUCAAAUAGUCCUGGCACAGUGUUUUUGUGUACUUAAAGUGAAGUACUGUGCUACUCCUACUGGUAAAAGUCCACCGAAGAGUGUUUUUGGAUCAAAGAAAGAAACAAGCAGGUUUUUAUUUUUGUUCAUUUGUUGUUUUUGCUAUUAAGUAUUUUGAGAUAUUCAAGUGUUUUAUCUUCAAAUAGUUGCAAGGUUGGUUUAAAUACUGUUGAAAUUAAUCAGGGUUUUACCAAAUAUAUUUGUAAAUAAGAAUUAGUACGUUUAAAUGCUCUAUAGAUUGGUGUAUGUGGUAUGACGCUUGUACAGUGAUUAAACCUUAAAGCAAAACUGCUGAAAAAAAAAGAAUCUUGUACAUAGUGUUUGUAAGACGAGUUUUGUUCUGAACCCUUCACUUGUUUCAAAGCGAAGGAGACGUGGCAAUAAGUAAUAGAACUGUAUAAACACAGAUGUCCUCUGUCCACUGUAAGCCAUAAUAAAUACUUUAAAUGCCCAUCAUUUCCCCCGACUCAUGUUCAAUUGAACCCCAGCUGAGCCCUACAGUGUAAUUCACACUUUUCUUUCAUGCUUUCCAUUAUUACUGUAUGUUUUAAUUCUUAAGGACACUAUUUUUUUUUUUGCAGCGGACAUUGUUUAUAUAUAUAUAAAUAUAUCUAUACAUAUGUACAGGAGAGAUUUUAGUCAACCUUUGAUUUUGAUCUGUACGAUAGCUGUUUGAGGUUUAAUGAAUUGUCUUUCAAGCACAAACAUUAAAAUGGCACUGUUAAAAACCCCCA